AUGUUUUUUCAGUUUGUAUGCUAUCUUGUGGUUGUGUGGCUGACUUCUGCCUCAGAUGUGGGCCACUGUCCUGACCCUGUGCUGUAUAAUGGUAAGUUCAAUUCCUCUGGGCCUGUGAGUGUCAGCGACAAAAUCACAUUUCAAUGUGAUGACCACUACAUCCUCAAGGGCAGCAGUUGGAGCCAGUGUCUAGAAAACCACAGCUGGGUGCCUCCCAUUCCUAUCUGCAAAAGUAGAGACUGUGGUCCUCCUAGGAAUCCAGAUUAUGGCUAUUUUGAAGGAAAUGAUUUCAACUCAGGAGCAAAUAUUACUUAUUAUUGUGAAGAGAGGUACCAGUUGGUGGGCACCCAGAACCAGCAGUGCAUUGAUGGGGAGUGGAGUGGUACCCUUCCAGUCUGCGAACGAGCCCCACAAACUGAGUUUGAGAAGGCCCUUAUUGCCUUUCAGGAGAGUAAGGAUCUCUGUCAAGCCACAGAGAACUUUAUGGAAAGAUUAAAGGAAUGUGGCCUCGUAUUGGAGAAAUUGAAAUAUUCUCUGGAGAUGAAGAAAAUUGAGUUGGAAGCAAAAAGUUUGCUUUAA